AUGCUCAUUGCACGGAUAUUACUCUACUUGUUCCCCAUAGUACCGCAGAGAGUUUGGCCUGAAGAAAUAAUAAUGUAUCCUCGCUAUCCAGCAUCUUACAAAACAUGUCCACCUCAGGACAUUGAUGGCGCCGCCGUGUGUAUCACUAUAAAUUUGAAGAAAUGUAGAUUUGUUGAUUUGCAGUGGAGAUAUGUUAAAGAAGUCGUGAAACCCUAUAAUGUUAAGGAUCAAAUAGCUUAUUACGCAGAAACAAAAACUAGAGGAAUUAUUUACAUUUUUCACUUUUGCGAAGCUGGAAAAACACCGUUUUGUAAACUUCCUCGUUCUAGAUCUACAGCCAAGUCGUUUUGUGUCUGA